GAUUGUCUAUUAUUGAAUGUCUACACAAAUAAUAUUAAACCAAGUAAACCACGUCCAGUUAUGGUUUGGAUAUACGGUGGAGGCUUUAGAUUGGGUGAAGCCUCACGUGAUUGGUAUGCACCUGAUUAUUUUAUGAAAAAAGAUGUCGUGCUGGUAACGGUUCAAUAUCGUUUGGGUGCUUUAGGUUUCUUGAGUUUAACAGAUCCAAACUUACACAUACCUGGCAAUGCUGGUUUGAAGGAUCAAAUUUUGGCACUGAAAUGGAUUAAACGAAAUUGUUCGAGCUUUGGUGGCAAUCCUGACUGCAUAACAAUAUUUGGUGAAAGCGCUGGUGGCUGCUCAGUUGCUUUACUUAUGUUAACCGAACAAACAAGAGGUCUCUUUCAUCGUGCCAUAGCUCAAUCUGGUGUUGCAACAGUUAGUUGGGGUAUUGGAAAUACGGGCAAACGUGCAUUUGCCUUAGCCAAAGCUGCGGGCUACACUGGAGAUUUUAAUGAGCCAAAAAUUUUAAAAUAUUUGUUACAGUGUACCGCUGAAGAAAUAACAAAUGCACAACAGUACUGCCUAACUCCAGAAGAUAUGAAUAGCAUGGAAAUGUUAGCAUUCGGCCCAUGCGUGGAGCCAUAUAUGACGCAGCAUACUGUACUUCUAAAGCCAACUGAAGAGUUAUUCGCACAAACUUGGUCCAAUUCCGUGCCACUUUUGCUUGGUUCCACUUCAAGUGAAGGACUCUUAUUUAAGCCAAUUUUAACAGGCAUGCCAGAAUUCGUAGAGCAAAUAUUGAAGAAUUUCACAUCUUUGCUCCCGCCAGGUACGUUCACACAACGUGAUAGCCCUGAAGCGUUGGAAAAAGCCUCGAAAUUGCGCGCCGCAUACAUCGAAGGCAACACCGCAAGCCUGGAGGUGUUUUACGAUGUGAUGGGUCACUUGUACUUUUGGCAUCCGUUGCAAAAGACUAUCAAUUUGCGCCUACAGCAUGCGAAAAAGGCGCCUACUUAUUUGUAUCGCUAUGAUUUCGACUCGGAAAAACUCAUUUACCCGUUUCGCUAUAUGUGGCAAGGACGUGGUGUGCGUGGA